UUCGAGAAAAAAUCGAUUCUUCGAAUUCUGAAUAAUUAUAAAAAAUGGCAAAGCAUGAGGACCUUCCGGUCCCUAUAUACGACACACUGGACCCUGUGUACGGUGUAGGAACUGAUAAGGAGGAAGCUGAGCGUCGUUUCGAUGAAUUGAAGUCAAAGUUUGUGGAACUGUUCGGUGAACCUCCUGAGGUGAUUGGUCGGUCACCAGGAAGAGUGAACUUGAUCGGUGAGCACAUAGACUACGAGGGUUAUUCUGUGUUGCCCAUGGCCAUCCGCCAAGACACCAUCGUAGCUAUUCGGAAAGUCCCAACCCAAAACAUUCUAAGGAUUGCUAAUUCCAACCAUCAUAAGUAUCCAUUGUGCACUUAUCCUGCUAAUCCCAACCAGGUAUUGGACUUGAAAAAUCACAAAUGGGGACAUUAUUUUGUUUGUGGGUACAAAGGAUUUUAUGACUAUGUAAAAUUGAAAGGAGUGGAUGUUGGUCAACCGGUUGGACUUGAUGUUCUUGUUGAUGGGACAGUUCUGACAGGGUCAGGACUAUCAAGCUCAACAGCAUUUGUUUGUUCUUCUACAAUUGCAAUUAUGGCCGCUUUUGGUGUGAACUUCCCAAAGAAAGAAAUUGCACAACUUACAUGUGAAUGUGAAAAACACAUAGGAACACAAUCUGGAGGGAUGGAUCAGGCAAUCGCUGUCAUGGCCAAAACUGGGUUCGCAGAGCUGAUUGAUUUUAACCCUAUCCGUGCCACAGAUGUGCAACUUCCUAGUGGUGGGACGUUCAUAAUAGCACAUUCUUUGGCUGAGUCUCAAAAGGCUGUGACAGCCGCUACAAAUUAUAAUAAUAGGGUUGUUGAAUGUCAUUUGGCGUCCAUUGUUCUUGGCAUAAAGCUAGGAAUGAAACCACAAGAGGCAAUUUCAAAAGUUAAUACACUCUCUGAUGUUGAAGGGUUAUGCUUAUCAUUUGCAAGUAGUCAUAAAUCUUCUGAUCCUAUCCUUGCUGUCAAGGAAUUUUUGAAGGAAGAUCCAUACACAGCCGAAGAAAUUGAGAAAAUUACUGAGGAAAGGCUCACUUCAGUUUUUAGCAGUAAUCCAAUAUAUUUGGAUGUCAUAAAAGUUGCUGCGAACUACAAGUUACAUCAGAGAGCUGCCCAUGUGUAUUCAGAAGCCAGGAGGGUACAUGCUUUCAAGGAUAUUGUAUCAUCAAAAUUAAGUGAGAAGGAGAUGCUAAAGAAGCUUGGUGACCUUAUGAAUGAGAGUCAUUAUAGCUGUAGUGUUUUAUACGAAUGCAGUUGUUCGGAGUUGGAGGAGCUUGUCAAAAUUUGUUGCCAAAAUGGUGCUUUGGGGGCAAGGCUUACUGGAGCUGGAUGGGGUGGUUGUGUUGUUGCUUUGGUGAAGGAGAGCAUUGUCCCACAAUUUAUCCUUGAUUUGAAGGAACGUUUCUACCAGUCUAGGAUCGACAAGGGGGAUAUCAGCAAGAAUGAUGUUGACCUUUAUGUAUUUGCUUCUAAGCCAUCGAUUGGUGCUGCCAUUUUCAAGUUCUAGUAUUGUAACAAUUCCUUGUUCUUUUUCACUCUUGAAGGCCGUAAACAUCUUAGGAUUUGCCAAAAGAUCUACAUAAAAGUGUCACGUGUAAUCUCUGAUGGAACACAAUUCAGUGAUAUCCUAUCGUUGUCAUAGAAAAUCACUUUAGUUAGAUAUGCAAAGCAAUAAUUAACUUUGAGGAACAUUAUAUUUUCCGGUAAGCAGUGAAGUCAGCUUAUGUUAUGAGAUAGAACAGCAUUUU